AUGGAUUCCGGACAAGCCCUAAACUCGCCAAACCUGGUCCCCAAUUCCCUGUCUUCAGUAGCCGAAUCUCCUCCAUCAGAUGAGCUGGCCGCGCUUCGCAGCACACAAGCGCAGUGGCGUACUGCUACUCUUUCUCUUGGCUUGGGCCUUGGUCUCUCCUCUUGUCUUGUAUGGUUGAUCGUGACACGAGGCCAUCGGCGUCUGCAAUAUCGGCUUCCGAUGAAUACUUUCAAUGAGCCCGGCGCCGGGGUCGGUUUUAGGCUGUUCGGAGGCAAGCCUACGCAACAAAAUCUCAAGCAGCGACUUCAGACUGAUGAAAGCACUUCUUUCUUUGAUAACCCUACAGAUGGUUGCGAAGGCGGGUUUCGAGCCGUCGCAAUGGACACAGUGAAAGUGCACUAUCGUGAGCGCCUUCGGCGUAUGCGUGAUCGUGAACGCUUACCGGAGGGUAGAGCUGCCAAUGCUCGAGGCGAUGACAAGCCUAAACACUUAACAGAUGGAAGUAGUACAAAGGCCCUCUUGCUUGGAGAUGAGCUUACUGAGGAUGAUUUCGAUACUGCGACCUUAUCCGGAGGGUUGGCUAGACUCGAUAGAAGACUAGAAGAGGAUACCAAUCCGGUCCAGGAGGGAAUACGUGAUUCGUUUUCGUUGAUACCUAAUGGGGCCAUUCUUGCGAUUGACCCCAUUCACAACUCAUCCGACGCCCGAGGUUCGGGUCUUGCGUCAGCAUCCUCGGGCCAGGUGAAGACACCUUCUUUCCUUGACAUCAAACUCGGCUGGACAGGAUCAGAAGCCACAACUUCGAAUUCUAAAGGUCAGCCUGACACCGAAUACGCCGGUCCUGGCACCAGACUCCUAUUCAACGGGUUAAAUCUGUGA